GAGAGAGAGAGAGAGACUCACACUCAUAGUAAAGCGGAGGCAACUGCGCCGACGAGCUUUACACAAGGCACACAUUUUGUGCUUGAGUUGCAGCGGGUCUGUGAUACAGCCGGAUUGAGAAUUACAUUUCGUUCAAAACUUUACACUUUUGGGAGGAUUUUCUCGUCGCUUGGAACUCAGGUUCUUUCUGGUACGAUUUAAGAUUUGAACAUGAAGCAGUUGAAUGGAUUACAAGGCGGCGUUGUACGCUUUCCGAACUGACAUGGACUGUAGCGACUCUUUCCGUUCACGUUCACCGAAUCUGUUGUGAUCAGACUGCCCAGGUUUAAACAUGGAGGCUCCCUCCAGCUUUCAGCCGCAUCCAGGACUUCAGCAAACUCUCAAGCAGUUUCACUUGAGUUCCAUGAGCUCCCUCGGUGGGCCGGCAGCCUUCUCGGCCCGGUGGCAGCAGGACAUGCUUUUCAAGAAGGACGGUAAGGGCGCCGAGGUGAUGGUGAACCUCCCCGCGCAGACGCCCCCGGUCAUGCCGGGGCCCCUCUUCAUCCCGUCAGACCGCUCCACCGAGAGGUGCGAGACGGUCCUGGAGCGGGAGACGAUUUCGUGCUUUGUGGUGGGCGGCGAGAAGCGCCUAUGCCUGCCGCAGAUCCUCAACAGCGUCCUGCGAGACUUUUCCCUCCAGCAGAUCAACUCUGUGUGCGACGACCUCCACAUCUACUGCUCCCGGUGCACGGCGGACCAGCUGGAGAUCCUCAAAGUUAUGGGCAUCCUGCCUUUCUCGGCCCCCUCAUGCGGACUGAUCACCCAGACCGACGCCGAGCGCCUCUGCAAUGCCCUCAUCUACGGCGGCACGUUCCCACCGCAUGCCGACAAAGAGUUGUCGUGCUCCAUCGAGCUGGAAAGA